AUGGACACUGCGAGUUUAUCGCCAUUAAGAAGGCCUAAAUAAAAGGAUCUAGACGUAAGAAGUCUAAGAUUCUCUGACAAAUAAUACAAGAGACUCUCUAUUUUAAGAUCUAAGAAUCUUGGAUAGAGCAGCAGAAGAACUGGAAGCAUGAUUAUAAACGAAGAUAGUGAUGAAUUAAGUGAUGCAGAUUUGGAUCAUGAUGAACUGCAGCAAUGCUUCAGGAAUAAGUUGAAUUAGAUUAAGGGUUAUUUUGAUCAAGUUUCGGAUAUUAUAAAUGAUAAUGCUAAGGCUUAGAAGUCUUUAACUUAAAUAAUAAAGGAAGAAUACAUUAGCAGUUCAAAGCUUGCCUUGAUUUUCAAGGAUUUUAAUGAUUUGACAGAGAAGACUGAGGAAACUGAUAAAUCAUUAUCCCCUGACAAAAAAGAGAAAUAAUCCACUGACUUAAAUUAUGAGAUAGUUCAGUUUUAGUAAACCAUGAAAACCAUUGUGAAGGACAUGCAAAUAUUUCGAGAGUUCGUACCUAAGUUCGAGUAUGAUAAAAAGAAUUUUAAUAUUCGAAUCAACGACCGAGUGCGCAUUAAUGAAUUCACUUAAGGUCUACAAAAUCUAGAGAACAAAUUGAAUAGAAAGGUAGAUGAUAAAUUUGAAGACUUAGAUAGGCAAUUUGCAGAGGUCAAGAAAAUAACUACUGAAAAAGUUACAGCAAUUGAGGAUCUCGCUUUGAAUUUGGAAAAGAAUAUCUAAUGGAGAAUCAUGGAUUGCGAAUAAUUAUUGAAGUCAAGGGUUAACGAGUAAUAUGAAACUGUGAACGAUUCCUCUCUUUCACUUGGAAAGGUUGUAGAUGAUGUAAAUACUAAGCUAGAUAACUAAGGCAUUACAUGGGAAGAAAAGCUAUAACUGUUUAAGAAGAUGUUCUAUGAUUUCGAGCAAAAAAUAAAAUAAAAACUGGAUGUGUCUGUCUUCAACAAAACCAAAACUGAUUCAUAGCAAUAGAAAAUCAAUUUCGAUCAGCAGUUUGAUAUGAUGACCAAAAGUUACCAGACAUUUGAAUAGAGAAAUAAAGACAACUAGAUUAAAAUUGCUUAACUAUUCUAAUAUUAAGAAGAGAGAGACACAGCGAUAAAAAACAUACCUCCAAAUGUUGAACUAGUCUUAAAAGAAUUGGAUGAUAAGAUUAAAGGGAAUUAUGAUAAGAUAUCAAUAAUCGAGAAUGAAUUGACAAGGAGAAUCGAGGUAGAAUAACAUUAAGAGGAUUUGGAUCAUAAACUAGACAUUGAUUAAUUUCAUAAAUGGUUUCCGAGAGAUAUGCUGCCAUCUGACUAUAUUUAGCAAUUCGUUAAGAGAGAAAGUGAACUUAUGCAGAAGAACAUUCUUGAUAUGGCUAAGAUGUGGGAUUCAAAGCUCGUGAAGUUGAGAUAGGAUAUGAACAUCCAUUCUAUCAUAAAGAAAAUUGGUGAGAAAGCUGAGUAAGUAGAGGUUAAAGAUGCCUUCGAAACAUAAAUGAAAAGAAUUGAGCAGAUAGAAGAAAAUUUUGUUUAGAUUAUUAAUGAAGUUGAGAGCAUUAGCAUUACCCAGACAAUUGCUACCUAAAAGAUGGAUGAGAUCCAUCAGAGAUAGCAAGAGGUACUUAUUGGUAAAAGGAAUGUCAAUUGCUUAUCUUGCGCUCAAGAUCCUUCUGAAAAAUAAAUGCAGGGUAAGGAUGGAAAGAUCUAUAGAAAUGUAUCAGUAGAAGAAAAAAUAGCGCAAGUAGAUUUGGAGUCGCUAAAUCAAUCAUACUUUGCUUAAAUUCCACCCUAAAUUUUAACGAGAAAGCUAUAGAAAUCUAAGAGAAGAUUUACCGCUCUGCCCAUGCAAAGAUUAAAUAAGUCAAAUCAAAUGUCCAGACAAGAGAGUCCCGAUUCAUAGAAUAAACUAAACAAGCAGAUGUUUGAAAAUAGCUAAAGUGCUUAUUAGGGAGAGAUAGCCAAGCAAAUGAUGAAUAUGUAAAAUGGAUACUCAGAGGCUCCAACAAGAGUGAACACUUAUAGACAUGCGAGGAGUAUUUCUUAAGCAUUACAGGAGUUUUAACCUAUUGAUCAGAGAUAUCCUUCAUACAUUGAGUCUAACAGCAAUUAAAACGGUACUUUCAUCUAUGAAUCUGGCUAAGAAAUUAAUAAGAUAAAGCAAAUCAUCAAGAACUCAGUUAUCUCAUCAGGAGUUAAACAUAGUAAACUAUUCAAUUUCAAUGGUGUGGGUGAAAACAAGGAAAGAAAAAGAAUGAGCAAUGCACAGAAGUAGUUUGAAUAUACCAUUAAUAUGAAUAAUUUAACUUAGUCGUCUCAUCAGGGCAACUUAUCUAACUUAGCCAAUGUAAUUCAAAGACCUGAGAGUGCAGUCCUAUGA